AUGCCGCCGCCGAGUGGCCCCAGCGUCCUCGCGCGGCUGCUGCCGCUGCUGGGGCUGCUGCUCGGCGGCGCCUCCCGGGCUCCCGGCAAGUCACCGCCGGAGCCCCCCAGCCCGCAGGAGAUCCUGAUCAAGGUGCAGGUGUAUGUGAGCGGAGAGCUGGUGCCCCUGGCGCGGGCCUCAGUGGACGUGUUUGGGAACCGGACCCUGCUGGCCACUGGCACCACGGACUCAGAGGGCGUGGCCACACUGCCCCUCAAUUACCGCUUGGGCACCUGGGUGCUGGUCGCUGCUGCCCGCCCCGGCUUCCUCACCAACUCUGUGCCCUGGCGUGUUGACAAGCUGCCUUUGUAUGCGUCCGUCAGCCUCUACCUGCGCCCCGAGCGGCCGGCCACCCUCAUCCUCUAUGAGGACCUCGUGCACAUCCUGCUGGGCUCCCCCGGUGCCCGCUCGCAGCCCUGGGUGCAGUUCCAGCGCCGCGCUGCCCGCCUGCCCGUCAGCUCCACCUACAGCCAGCUCUGGGCCUCACUGACACCUGCCAUCACCCCACAGGAAAUGCGGGCUUUCCCUGCCUUCCUGGGCACCGAGGCCUCCAGCUCAGGCAAUGGCUCCUGGCUGGAGCUGAUGCCCCUGGCUGCCGUGAGUGUGCACCUGCUGACAGGCAACGGGACAGAGGUGCCACUGUCAGGCCCCAUUCACCUGUCCCUGCCUGUGCCCUCAGAGACUCGUGCCCUCACUGUGGGCACCAGCAUUCCAGCCUGGAGGUUUGACCCCAAGAGCGGCCUGUGGGUGCGCAACGGCACUGGGGUGAUCCGCAGGGAAGGCCGGCAGCUCCACUGGACCUUCGUCUCCCCGCAGCUGGGGUACUGGGCGGCCGCCAUGGCCUCCCCCACAGCUGGGCUGGUCACCAUCACGUCCGGCAUCCAGGACAUUGGCACCUACCACACCAUCUUCCUGCUGACCAUCCUAGCGGCCCUGGCUCUGCUGGUGCUCAUACUGCUGUGUCUGCUCAUCUACUACUGCCGGAGGCGCUGCCUGAAGCCGAGGCAACAGCACCGCAAGCUGCAGCUCUCCGGGCCCUCCGACGGCACCAAACGAGACCAGGCCACCUCGAUGUCCCAGCUCCACCUCAUCUGCGGGGGACCCCUGGAGCCCGCCUCGCCAGGGGACCCCGAGGCCCCGCCUCCAGGCCCCCUCCACUCGGCUUUCUCCAGCUCCCGGGACUUGGCCGCUUCCCGGGACGACUUCUUCCGCGCCAAGCCGCGCGCGGCCAGCCGCCCGGCCGCUGAGCCUGCGGGUGCCCGCGGGGCUGAGGGCGCUGGGCUCAAGGGCGCCCGCUCCGUCGAGGGGCUGGAGCCGGGCCUGGAGGAGUACCGGCGGGGGCCGGCGGGGGCCGCGGCCUUCCUGCACGAGCCGCCGUCGCCGCCGCCGCCCUUCGACCACUACCUGAGCCACAAGGGGGCUGCCGAGAGCAAGACGCCCGACUUCCUGCUGUCGCAGUCGGUGGACCAGCUGGCGCGGCCGCAGUCGCUCGGCCAGGCCGGGCCGCUCAUCUUCUGCGGCUCCAUCGACCACCUCAAGGACAACGUCUACCGCAACGUCAUGCCCACGCUGGUGAUCCCCGCGCACUACGUGCGCCUCGGCGCCGAGGCGGGCGCCGCGGGGGUGGGCGACGAAGCCGCCCCGCCCGAGGGCACGGCCCCCGGCCCAGCGCGCGCCUUUCCCCAGCCCGACCCCCAGCGCCCGCUGAUGCCGGGCCACGCGGGCGCGGGGGCCGAGGCCGGAGGGGCUGGCGGCGGCGAGGGCUGGGGGGGCGGGCGCUCGGCGCCCGUCAGCGGCUCCGUCACUAUCCCGGUGCUGUUCAACGAGUCCACCAUGGCGCAGCUCAACGGCGAGCUGCAGGCGCUGACCGAGAAGAAGCUGCUGGAACUGGGCGUGAAGCCGCACCCGCGCGCCUGGUUCGUGUCCCUCGACGGCCGCUCCAACUCGCAGGUGCGCCACUCCUACAUCGACCUGCAGGCGGGCGGCGGGGGCCGCAGCACCGACGCCAGCCUGGACUCGGGCGUCGACGUGCACGAGGCGCGGCCCGCGCGCCGGCGGCCCCCUCGGGAGGAGCGGGAGCGCGCGCCGCCCGCCGCGCGCAGCCGCCGCCCCCCGCCGCCGCCGCCGCCCGCGCCCCCGCGCCUGGCGCUCAGCGAGGACACGGAGCCGAGCAGCAGCGAGAGCCGCACGGGCCUCUGCUCGCCAGAGGACAACUCUCUGACGCCGCUGCUGGACGAGGUGGCGGCGCCCGAGGGCCGGGCGGCCACGGUGCCCCGGGGCCGGGGCCGCAGUCGCGGGGACAGCUCCCGCAGCAGCGCCAGCGAGCUGCGGCGCGACUCGCUCACCAGCCCCGAGGACGAGCUGGGGGCGGAGGCUGGCGACGAGGCGGGCGACAAGAAGAGCCCGUGGCAGCGGCGGGAGGAGCGGCCGCUCAUGGUGUUCAACGUCAAGUAGCGCCCGCGGCCAGGCUGCGCGCCCCGGGGGCCCGUGGGGGCCCGCGCUCGUAGCCCCCUCCCCGGGCCGGGGGCCGGCGGAGCCGUUCCGUGGUAUGUGUCUUGGGAGAGGGAGCCUGGGGCGGCCUCCAGCCCCGCGCUGGGAGGUGCAGGGG